CUAGGCAACCAAGCGCGAGCCCACGCGCACUUUUCCAUUUCAGCUCGAGACGCGUCGGUAACGGCCGCGAGCACCGAAUCCCGUCCAUCUCUCUCUCUCUCUCACACACACUCUCUCUCUCUCACACACACUCUCUCUCUCUCUCACUCUCUCUCUCUCACACACACUCUCUCUCUCUCUCACACACACUCUCUCACUCACACACUCUCUCUCUCUCACACACACUCUCUCUCUCACACACACUCUCUCUCUCUCUCUCCGCCUGAAGCAGCCGCUUAUCCUCCUCACAUCUCAGGGUCUCCAUGACUUCGGCUAAGGAGCGCAGCGCGCCGGUUAAAGCGCCUCAGCAGCAGCAGCAGCAGGAGCUGGUGGGUAGUGCUCCUCCUCAGAGGAACUGGAAGGGAAUAGCCAUCGCUCUGCUGGUCAUCCUGUUCAUCUGCUCUCUGAUCAUCACCUCCGUCAUCUUGCUGACGCCACGUGAGAAUGAUGACUUGGCCUCCAAGAACAAAGUCACAGUGGAGGAUCUGUUCAGCUUGGAGCUGCAGGUUCAUGACCCCCAGGCCAAGUGGCUCAACGACAUGGAGCUGCUGUACCGUAAACAAGAUGGAGAUGUGGUCCGUCUCAACGUGGAGAGCAACAGGACCGAGGUUCUGGUGGAAAACAAAAUAUUUGAAAUGUAUAAAGCCAGUAAGUACCAAGUGUCUCCUGACCUGAGUCACAUUCUGCUGGCCUACAACAUCGUCCCGCUGUACCGGUUCUCCUACACGGCCUCGUACAUCAUAUGCAGCCUGAAAACUCCGGAGACGGUGGUCCUGUCGGCUCCUGAAGUGCAGAACACAACACUGCAGUUUGCUGGAUGGGGUCCGAAAGGCCAACAACUGAUCUUCAUCUUCGAGAACAACAUCUAUUACCAAGCCACUGUGAAGGACAAACCCAUCCGCCUGGUCACGACCGGACGAGAGGGCGUGGUCUUCAACGGACUCGCCGACUGGCUUUACGAAGAGGAGAUCUUCACGUCUCACGUGGCUCACUGGUGGUCUCCGGACGGCCUCAGACUUGCGUACGCCACCAUCGACGACACGCUGGUGCCCAAGAUGGAGAUGCCCCUGUUCACGGGGGGCCUGUACCCCGGCGCUCAGGAGUACCGCUACCCAAAAGCCGGAGAGGAGAACCCUGAGAUCUACGUGUCGGUGGUGAGUCUGAACGGGCCGCUCCACACGGUCCGGAUGAAGAAGCCUGAGGACCCCAGGAUCGGGAAGGAGUAUUACAUCACCAUGGUGAAGUGGGCCACCAGCACCAAACUGGCGGUCAACUGGCUGAACCGAGCGCAGAACAACUCCAUCCUCACCCUGUGUGAAGCCACCACCGGAAUCUGCACCAAGAAACACGAGGAUGAGAGCGAGAGCUGGCUGCACAGACAGAACGAAGCGCCGCUGUUCUCCAGAGACGGACUCAGGUUCUUCUUCACCCGCGCAGUACCACAGGGGGGUCGAGGGAAGUUCUACCACAUCUCCAUGUCCACCUCGCUGCCCAACAGUAGCUCAGACACGCUGCAGUCGUUGACGUCGGGCGAUUGGGACGUUACAGAGAUUUUAGCGUACGAUGAAGGUGCACAGCUGGUAUACUUCCUGAGCACAGAAGACGAUCCGAAACGACGACACCUGUACAGUGCCAACACCACAGGCUCGUUUAACCGCUGCUGUCUGUCCUGCGAGUUCAGCUGCGGCUUCGUCAGCGGAUCCUUCAGCCCCAACACAAAGUACUUCCUCCUCAACUGUAAAGGUCCCACGGUGCCCUACACGGCCGUCUACAGCACCCGAGACCGACUCUAUCAGAAGCUGCUGGACGUGGAGAUGAACGACUUGCUGAACUCCACCAUCAGCUCCAUGCAGAUGCCCCAAGUGGAGUAUGAGAAAAUCACCAUCGACGAUUACACUCUGACCAUCCAGAUCCUGAAACCUGCAGCGUUCUCAAAGACAGCACAUUACCCCUUACUGCUGCUGGUCGACGGGACCCCUGGUGGUCAGAUGGUGACAGAGCAGUUCCAGGUGGACUGGGCGACGGUGUUGGUAAGCUCCUACAGCGCCAUUGUGAUGAGAUUCGAUGGGCGGGGCAGCGGGUUUCAGGGCACCAACCUGCUGCACCGGAUCAAGAGGAAACUCGGAGAGUUUGAGGAGCUCGACCAGCUGGAGGCACUCAGUAUCAUAACGAAAGAGCCGUAUAUCGACAAGAGCAGGAUCGGCGUGUACGGACGGGUGUACGGUGGAUACCUCGCCAGCCUCCUGCUGAGCUCCGAUGACUCGCUGUUCAAGUACAACUUCAAAUUUAAAUGCGGAGCAGCCGUCUCGCCCAUCACCGACUUCAGCCUAUACGCCUCGGCGUUCUCUGAACGUUAUUUAGGAUCUCCUCAAUCUAAUCCCAGAGUGUAUGAGAUGUCGAGUUUAGCUCAUCGAGCAGGUCCGCUCGAGGAUAAGAAUUUGUUAAUUAUUCACCCGACAGCUGACGAAAACGUCCACUUCCAGCAUACGGCUAAAUUUAUCAACUAUUUAAUAAACAAAAAGGCCAAUUACACACUGCAGAUCUACCCUGACGAGGGGCACUUCCUGCACUCUGAAGUCUCGCGGCAGCACUUGGAUCAGUCACUCGUCGGCUUCUUCGAUACGUGUUUCAAGCCGCCGGAGAUUGUCAGCGAGGACGAGCUGGAGCAGGAGGAUGAGGACGACGGCUAAAACGGCGCCGGGAUAACCAAUCACACACAAACUGAUUUGUUUCUCUUAAAAAAAAAAAAAAAAAAACCUGCAUCAUGUAAUUCUUCAUCCUCCUCCUCUCCAUUUGGGACAGAGCAUCUGCAUGGACCAAUCGCACCUCGCCUGUGAAAAGGGGACGGUCUGACAGUGAGCGAGCGAGCAAGUUUCUUCCUCAUCUUUCUCCCUGGUGCAGCUGUACAGCGCCCUCAUGUGGACUGAACCGACGCGGAGGAUAGAUAAAUAUAGCACAACCCGCUGCAGGAGAAUUAGAUCGCACUCUGUUCUUAAUAUCCUUUGUAACAGAGCGUACCGUAUUUUCCAGACUCUAUUUAGUGCUAAGAAAACUGCGCUCGCUGAACGUUAUAAUCGCAGCACUAAACUGUAGCGAUUUUAGAAAUUAAAGGGAAAAUUUCUGCAAGAACAACAAAAAAAUCAGUGUUCUUUACUUUUGUACUAAAGCUAACGUUAGCUACGCACCGGGGUCUCAAACUUUCAGAGGCCUAACAAUGAUCGUGCUGAGAAGAAAAUCCACAAAGGGAGUAGAUUAGACAACUUUUUUUUUUUUUUUUAAAUUACAGUAUUAUGCUGCUCGUCUACAUUUCCAUCAGCCUAACAUUACGAGACGGCAAACUCAUCACGGUCUGGAAAAUACGGUAAUAUCGAGACUCCUAUUUAAACGUUAUGUUCAUACAGCUGAUGUUAUAUUAGUCACUGUGCCUUACUGGAGUAAAGCUGUAACACGCGCAGCACUGCGAUUCAACAACUAUCAGUUUAUCAGUGACGCGGGCUGGGCGACACUUCGACAUCAGCUUUACGCAGAAAGGGCAGUCGUCUUUCCUCCAGUACGAAUAUCAGAGACGCAAACCGAAUCAACACUUGGGUCAGGGUUUUGAACUCUGAUAUUAACUGGAAGCCCGGCCCUCACUUCAUCACCGUAAAGAACAAACAAACAUCGACAGAAAAUUUAACAGGCCUCGAUUUUUUUUUCCUACAAAGGAUUAACAGUUUGCGCUGUAAUGAAGAGCCAGUACGGAUAACGAUGUUCAGAGAAAAUGAAUCACAGGAACGAUCGUCGUAUCGCCCAGCCCUACCGUACUGUUACAUAAUCAACGAAACGUACACGUUUCCCUUUAAAGAACGAAGUCUCAUGACCACGAGGUGGUUGAUUAUCUAUAAUCGGGCACAAAAUGACGACUCGCAGGAAAGUUUGUAGUAAAGCGUGUACGUUUCCGUUUCUUCGUGCUUGUUUCAUACGAACUGCUGUGAUGACGCUCAAAGUCUUUAUGGAUUUUUUUUUUUUUUGACUGUCUGUCUCUGGUUAACGUUAAUGUCGUCGCUGCUGUACAGAUGUGUAAAUUACACCUCGGCUGUUUUGGUCCCUGAUGUGCGUAACUUGUACAUAAAGCAUUUUCAAAGCUUGAUGUUUCCUCCCCACCACCACACACUGUACCUUAUUCAGCAGCUUGCGACUCAUUAAAGCGGGACGCUAACGACGA